AUGACGACAGUUAUUUUACACGUGUCUAUAGUCAUGUGCCUAAUGGAUAUUGGUCAAACCGGUCCUAUCCACAAACCAAUACCCGACCAGAGCUUCAUACUCAAAGGACUUGCAGAAGAUCAGCAGAGACGGGCGGCUCUGAUAAGCGAUGAUGGUAAUGGAGAAUACAUCAAAUGGAAAAAGCUUGAAGGUAGUUUUGGUGUGGAGUUUGCAUGGGGCAGUGCCAGGCCACACAUCAAACGUGCCCUACGUGCAACUCAGGGGGAACCAUGGCCCCUACCCCAAGUCUAUAAAACACGGGAAACUUUGUUCAUUCUAAACCCUGCUCACUUUAAAAUUAAUAUCGAUAAAACUAUUACGAAUGACGUCAUAACCGAUGCUAUAAAUAGAUACAACGAGACGGUGUUUGAAAAGUCGAUAGAAAUUACAGAGGAGAAUUUUAGAAACGCUCCAAAAUCAGAAGUGAAUAAAGAAAUGCAGUAUGAUCGAGACGAACUUGGGUAUAUCAAUGCUGACUAUCUCCGGAAUCUCACGAUUCAAGUUAACAGUACCUGUGACGUCACUUCAUCAGAUCGAUCUGAGUCCACGUGUGAUCCAUAUCCAUCCCUGAAUUCAACCGAGUCAUACACACUGACAGUAAAUUCUACAGGAAUUGUGUUGCGAGCGGAGGAGGAGUGGGGUGUGGUUCGUGGCUUAGAGACACUCAGUCAACUUGUGACGCAUUACCGUGGAAAGUUCUAUAUAAAAGAAACAACAGUAGAAGACUUCCCACGGUUUCCCACACAGAGUGAGGUCAUCUUGUCUCAUCAGUUAGAAAUGUGUUUGUAUUGUCAGGAAAGCAUGGCGAUGAACAAGAUGAAUGUUUUACAUUGGCAUAUCACAGAUGACCAGUCAUUCCCUUACAAAAGUGAAGAGUUUCCGGACUUCAGUAAAAAGGGGGCAUAUAAUACAAAUAUGGUCUACACUCGUGAUGACAUCAAUGACGUCAUUGAGUAUGCUCGUCUACGGGGCAUCCGCGUCAUACCAGAGUUUGAUGUCCCGGGUCACACUUACUCCUGGGGUCUGUCCUAUCCACAACUGUUGACUCAGUGUUAUUAUAAUAACAAACCAGUGCCUGCUUUCCUUGGCCCGCUCGAUCCAACCAACGAAAAUGUGUUCAAAGUCCUGAGCAAACUGUUCAAUGAAGUGACAAAUGUGUUCAAGGAUCGAUCUGUUCACUUAGGUGGGGACGAAGUUAAUACGGACUGUUGGUAA